AUGCCGAGUAGGAAUGAAAUCGUGCCGCUGGACGCUUCCAUUUCAGCUGCCGAGUGCUCAGAACCAAAUCCACGCCCCGGUCCGGGAGUAGUGACAGUACCAGUGCUACCGAAACUUAAAGUGAAAACCUUCGGCAGCAAGGCAAAAGCUACCACGGCAGAAAUGGCGUCAGUACAGGAACGACGAAUGCUACUCGUACAAGCACAACGACGAUACACAGCCUUUCAAGUCUUCUACGGCUUUUCCGGUCUGGCACUUAUGAUGAUGCAGAUGGAGUAUGUGUGGCUCGCCAAUACUAGGACUUUGCCCGAAUCGUGUCCUGUGGAAUCGACGACACAAUGCCCUCUCUGUUUCCAAGCCUUAGACACGAACGUACCAGUGAGCGAAGGGCGAAUGGUUUUAUUGGCUCUGCGCGUGCUUAUGUCAUUCUCCACAACACUUAUGCUGUACUAUAUCUAUCUCUACUACGCAGCGGAAUGCGAAGUCAUGAAACUCAAAAAUAUUAUGCCACCGACAGCGACGUUGCUGAGCUCUUCGUUGCGACACACAUUGCUUAUUGAAAUGGCGGUAUUAGCUGUACAUCCAUUCCCCGGAAUUGAGGACGUGGAUCCGAAAUGGCCACAGCUUACGGUUGCUGCCAGUCUUUUAAUGUUCACGCGGGUAAUCUUCAUAAUUCGAGUGGUGCAAUUCCGCAACUCGUUCAAUUCGAGCAAUGGAUGGUUUAUUGGAGCUCUUACUAAUGUCGAUUUUAAUGCUACGUUCUUCAUGAAAUCGACACUGAAAAAUCACCCCACCAGUUGUCUGAUGGCGAGCUUCGCUGUGCUUGGGUUUGCUGCUGGGUAUUCAUUGUAUGUGGCGGAGCGCUUCUUAUGUGCUUUUAAAGCGGAUUCCUGCUGUCAGCCCAUGCUACUAGGCGACGCAAUCUGGAUGCUGGUCAUAACAAUUCUCACCAUCGGAUACGGUGACGUCGUACCGCGGACAACUUUAGGUCGUGCCAUCGCAGUAACUGCCGGAGUCUUCGGUACGCUUUCCACCGCAGUGACAAUUGCAGUCAUGAGCAACUACUUAGUACUCACACGUUCCGAGCACAAGGUCAAUGCGUUCCUCAAGAAAGACGAACAUCGGCGGCUUUUAAAUGACCAUGCAGCUCGAGCACUCCAGGCAUUUGCACAGCUCCGUGCAGCUCAACGUCGGCAUAACCGAGCUGCUUCAUUGGAAGUAGGGGAAACGACAGGAACGACGAGUACGAAACGAGCACUGCGUCGUGCAGAGCUCAAACUGUUCACGGUUCUGUCAAAGUAUCGACAAGUGAAGCGACGAGUGCAUUCCCAUGACGUUAGCGAUCCCAUCGAUUCACAGAUGACCAUGCUGGAAAUGAUGGAGGUUAACGUCGAGUACAUUCGCACGAAGAUUGAGGAAUUAUCCGAGCUGUUCUUGGCCCAAAAUGGAGUUCGAUCACAUAGUAAGCGUAAUCUAAGCAACAUAAUUGCUGCCGCUACCAUCCCAGAAUCAGUCACGGACACUACAACCUACUCGUCGAUACAAAGUGGAGGAGGAUGCUCAGUAUCGUUACCACCCACCCGUAGUUCUAUUACUCUUUUACAGCAGCUUCAGCAGCAACCAAGCCAACUGCAGUGGUCACUUCGGCAACCUCAACAGCAGCAACCAAAUCAGCCCAAACAGCAGACGCCAACCUCGCAGUCGAUACUUAGCAGUUCUAUAGCCUACGAGGCAACUAGUGUUGGCGCUGAUACCCAAGCCGCCACAUCAUCAUCAGACAAUGUCCCUCGUUGGGCUAUAAUGAUGGAGUUGACACUUCAGAGUCUCCUGGAGCAAGUAUCUCGAGUAUCGGGCGAAGUGGAAGCCCUGAAAUCUCGCAUACAUGCACAGUCUGAAACCCUCGAAAGUCGAUUAAUGAACCUCGAGAAGCGUCUAGUAGUAUCCGAUGCAUUGAACGAAAUGUCGAGGACUCGGGGCUCCACACGAAACCUCUUUCUUCGUGCAUUAAAGUCCACUGAAGAGUCACCAGCUUUUGAAACUUCACCGAGGCAACGACGUGUCAGCGCCACUGCCACACAUCGGCCAUCCAUACACAACUUUGUUACAGCAUCAGAGUUGCUCGAGUUCCAAACACCAAACGAAGAGCAGGGCAAAGGAUGA